CUCAUACAUGCACGUGAGAGGUUACUGCUCAAGUCUUGUGUGUGCUUUUUGAGCUUUUCUCUGCAUCCCAAAAAGUUAGUGUAAAGGAAAAAGGAAGUCUCCUCUGAAUCUCUCUCUCAACUCUCAACAGUACAAGUCAUAAGUCAUAGUAACAUAAUAGAGGGUUUUUGCUUUUGCUAUAAAAUGGAAUGAUAUGAUGUCUUUUUAAUAAUAACAACAACUCCAGUAGUCAAAAUAGUAGUAUUAACAGUAGGAGAAGUAUUGGGAGACUCGAGGGUUCGAGUAAUCUUUUCAUCAUCUGCCCACAAAAGCAACAGUUGGGUCGAGUGCAGAAGAGGGAUGAUGGCUCUAGAAGCUCUUUCCUCCAAUGAACUCCUGAAUUUCAUCAUCUAUGAUACCAUUUCCGCCACCCCUUUCAGUAGCAAUGACAGCAAUAAUUCUUGUCAUGAGAAUUCUACCAACUUCUUGCUGGACAAUGGAGGGCUGAAAACUGAUAAUUGUGGCGGUGCCGAAGCUGGUGGGGGUUUAGAAAAUUGUUCUUGCAUGCCGCCUCCGCCGCCUCCCGUGCAGUCGCAAAGGCAGCAGAAUAGUUUGGCGGUGCAAGGCAGGAAGAAGAGGAGGAGAAGGCAAAGAGUUUGCAAGAAUAAAGAGGAAGCUGAGACCCAAAGGAUGACUCACAUUGCUGUUGAAAGAAACCGUCGUAAACAAAUGAAUGAACAUCUUGCUGUCUUGCGUGCACUCAUGCCAGAUUCCUAUGUUCAAAGGGGUGACCAGGCCUCUAUAGUUGGUGGUGCUAUAGAAUUUGUGAAGGAGCUUGAGCAUCACUUGCAAUCCCUUGAAGCACAAAGGUUCUUGCUAUUACAGCAACAUGGAGGAGCAAAUGACAAGACCACCACCACCAUGGCCGCAGCCAUUGCCACGGCCACCGGGAACAAGUGUUUUCCUCCAGCUCCAACCCCAUUUGCUCAAUUUUUCGCUUACCCUCAAUACACAUGCUCAGCCCAAUUGCCAAACAAGUACACAUCCAAGAGCAAGGCAGCAAUUGCAGAUAUUGAAGUCACUUUGAUUGAAACUCAUGCAAACGUUAGAAUCCUUUCAAGAAGAAGAGUUAGACCGCUCUCCAAAAUGGUUACUGGCCUACAGACGCUGUACCUCACCAUCCUUCACCUAAAUAUCACAACUUUGGACCCUUUGGUCCUAUACUCCAUCAGUGCUAAGGACACCGUUAUCGACCCUUACCUAAUUCAGAAGAGUGGAAGAAGGCUGUUUACUAAAUUCAGCAGAUGACAUAGCUGGUGCAGUUCAUCACAUACUUAGAAUUAUUGAGGAGGAAGCUGCACUGUGUUGUCAAGCCUAGCUAGGGGAAUCGGUACAUCUUUUAGUUGUAGCUGAAUCAUGAAUAUUUUAGUGCAUAGUUUUCUAUGGCCUUUGUAUGUAUCAAAGCUUAUAAUUUUGCUAUGGCUACCGUUAGUACAAUUCAACAGUGGGUUUUCUUUUCUUUUUC